AUGUAUCAUCAAUUCGAAAUUAAUCACAGACCAAGCAAGCGCCUUCUGCGCGCCAUCAACUUGAUUCAAGAAGAGUUACAAGUCUUACAGUUAGUGAACACCUGGCAAACCAAUCUGAUACAAAAUUAUCUGGAGGUCAUCGAUGACAGCACAUAUGAGAAGCCAAGCCCAUCUCGUCGGGCUAUGCAUCCUUACGAAGAAGCUCUGGGAAGGGCCUGCCUAGAUCACCUUGCCCUAGUUCGGCUAGAUUACGUUGAUCUAAUGCGACGUUGCGCCCCGCUCUCCGAUCGCACGAAACAAAUCCUGGAGAUCAACGAAGAAGAUCAUGGAAAGGCUAUCAUGGUCUUCACCGUCGUUACAGUUAUCUUUUUGCCAUUGUCAUUCGUUACAAGCUACUUUGGUAUGAAUGCCUCUGACAUUAGAGACAUGGACGAAACACAAGCUGUCUUCUGGAGCGUUGCCAUACCACUAACCUGCGUGACCGUAGGCUCUUGCUUACUGAUCGGUUACAAUGGCGAUAGUUUACGGGACCUAAUAUCGUCCAUGUAUCGCAAAACGAUGAGGAAAGAAAGUGCCACUGUGGAAGCCGCUAGUAUAACCGUCGCGCAGCGCCAAGGGCCGUCCAAAUCCAAGGGUGGUUUAGACAGCAUCAUUGACCCGUUUGGCGCAGCUUACGACGCAUUCCCCAGUCGGCGGCGUGACCUGUAUAGAGCGAGUUAUGGCGAUGAUGAUUUUGACGAGUGGUAUGUGCCAGACCACCCUAUGAGCAAGUCCCCAUAUCUUUCUCAACCAUAUUCGUCUGGUGUUCCAGCGAAGGGACAACACUCUUACCCCAGUCCGGCACCCCUAGCAAUCGAAGCACGCCGGCAAUCACUAUACCCAUACCCACAUGUACCCGACAGAAGAUCGUCACGUAUCGACUACGAAAGUUCGCCAUACAUGCCUUACAAGGAAGCCGUGCCAGUCCGCCCUCGUCCACACGGCAUGAUGAAGGGCCACUACGCCAAUCCGAACGAUCCGUUCAGCCCAUUCAGUCCGACCAGUCAUGUCAAUCCGUAUGCAGAUGGCGAUGUUCGAAGCAGAUUUAAUAUCUACGGUCAUCCCAUGUCUCAGGUUCCACCUUACCCACCACCACGACGUACGUCAACAAAAGACACAACUACCCGCUCACGCUCGAGGUACUAUGACGACGACGACGACGACGACGACGACGACGACUGGAUCGCACGACCAAAUGCUACAAUUACUCGCAGACGCUCGGAGUUCUUGGGAUACUCUGGCGACGACGACGACGACGACGACGAAUGGUACAAAUCCACACGCGGUGGUGACGUCGACUUGAAAGCCAAAUAUUCACGACGUGGCAGGUCACGUAGCGGUAGCUGGACCCUUAGCCGAAGUCGAAUUCGGAGUCGCGACCGGUUCUACGAAAGAGCACCUGUGCGUCGCGUCCACUAUGCAGAUGAACCUGUAGAAAGUGUCAGACACCGUAUCCCAUCUGGGGAUUCUUUUUCGUAUCGCGCAAGCGAAUUUUCAGGCCACCCACGAAGGGGAAGAGGGCAGGAGUAUGAGGCAAUGGAAGAGAAGCUUGAGAGGCUGGAGGAGGAUAUUGAGAGGCGGCAAGAGGAGAAUCUUAAACGUCACAGGUAUAGGUAG